AUGUCUUUGCGCCUGGUGUCUAGUGCAAGGAACCUCCGCGACCAAUUCAAAGGCGGUAACUCACAACAGCAGACAAGUAACCUCACAGCAUCCAGCGGCAGCAGCGUCUUCACCACCUCCAGCGGCAUCUCCAACACAAAAACUCUCGACCCAUCAGGGAUGACCUCGGGCGGCUCCAUGCUGAGUCGUCAAGGAACACUGCUUCGUGCCCAGAGCAACGGCAACCUGCGCCAAACCAAGAGCGUACAGAAAAAAACCAAUAUGAGCAAGAGUGACUCUCCUAUGCCUGACUUGUCGAUGGAGGUCACCAGGGUCAUUGUCAAACGCUGUAUCAAGGAGAUUCGCCUAACAACCAAGGGUAUCUUGCGCCAAGUUCAGAUGGCACAGAGCAAGGAGGUUGUUAUCGACACAAUUCGCUUAAUACUCGACGAUGAUUCCAACACUCAACUCUCGCUUCUCCGCCAGGUCGACAUUCAUUUGGUGGCGCACGCAAUGAAGUGGGCGAUCCGAUAUUCUGAGGAAACGCUUGUCACUUACGCCGAUUACCAAGCCCUUUAUCUUGAUCAAGACCGCAGCUUCAGCCGAUUCGUUCACGACCUCCCACCCACCAACCGCGCCAUCCUCCUUGACCUCUUCUCCCUCUGCGCCGACGUCACCCUCCUCGCCCAUCUCAACGGCAUGACCCUCGUCGUCGUCGCAAAGGCCAUCUCCCUCAGCAUCAUGGCCGAACCAGAACGCGAAUUCACAACCUUCGACGCCUCUCUCCAGCAACGUAACCUCUGGGGCGCUGCCUGCGAGGACCUUCUCCGCGCCUUCCUCCGCAUCAAAACUACACACGACCUGGCCAAAAUUGAGCAGGAGGAUGGUGUCGACGAGAACCGCUACGUGGACAACAUCACACGCGAGGUUAGGAGUGCACGCCAACGGAGCAACGAAACUGGCGCCAUGCCCAACAUGUCCGUGCCCUCGAGCGCUGGAUCUAUGCCUGCAUCCUCUGGAUGGUCUUCUACAAUGACACCCUCAGGAAUGGGACGACCUGCCGACGGAUAUUUCGACCACGUUUCAACUUCCCGAUCAACUUCGCCACUCUCACAUCAGUCCAGCUCGAUUCAUGAGUCUUCGCUCUCGCGGUCGCACUCGCUCGCAAAGUCUAACUCUUCUCGGUCACGACCACUUUCACCCGCAUUGCCCUAUGAGAAUGAGCGACACGAGUACGAGGAGAUAAUGCAGGAUCAGUCGCAUUUGGAUCGUUUGCGCCACCAAUCCCGACAAUCAUUAAUGCCUGGAUUCGACAAGGAUCGCCGCCGAUCUUCAGUUGCCGACGUGGAGAGUCUUUACAUGCUGCCUGUCGACGCGUCAGAGGAAGGAUAUGAGUCUGAGCCUGAGCCUUCGCACAACAGUCUGGUUCUCGAGUUCUCUAAUGGCCUCGGUUGGGAUUUCUCCAAGCUGGACGACCUUCAAAUGGACGAUUCCGCCAAUGAAUCGAGUGUUCAUCGUUCCAACAGCUCAAGCAGUAAUGGAAGCACAUUGGCAAGAGGAACACAUAACGUUACAGCUUCGUCUUUCGACAACGACGAACUCUCUCCGCUUCAGCGGGCAUCAACUACCGGCAACAAAGCACGCAUCGGACACGCCAUCAACCCGGGUCACACAUCGCCCUCCAUGAACCCUCAGCGUGCCAAGCGGAAUUCUCUUCUUCGCCGAUCUGUGUCGCUGGACCCUCAUACCAUGCACGGUCGCGUCCACAAGAAGCCCAACGAACUUCGACAAGAUAUCUUGACACGGGAACUGGCCAUUCAGGCGGAGAGGUCGCAGGUGGCAGAGGAUAUCCGUACUCGCCUGUUGCAAUCGAAGCAAAGCGGUCAAUCAGGCAGUACUUCACCCGCUCGUUCGACAUUCUCAUUGGAGUCAUCACCACUGGAUCUGGAUCGACCUAACAUUCCUACGCGAAGCGCAUCGCAAGGACUCGGACGAUCCAUGUCAAGAACAGCGCCUACCGACACCAAGAAGCUGGAGAUCAAUGUCGGAAGUCUCCCCCAAGGACACUCCGGCGCAGUUGUGACUGACGAGCUGACUCCUGUCUCCAACCCAUCCUCCAACUCUUCUAUCGCCUCCCCCAAACCACCUCAACCUUCGUCCAACAACAUGGAGAGGAACGCCGAGAUCGCCUCGCGCCCCAAGGAUGCAGAAGUUUGUGUCCACUUUUCGCCCAUCACCCCCGUCUCACCCAAGGCCGAGAUGAAAUCCAAGUUCCAGGAGUCGUUCUUGGACAAGCCCAUGUCUCCUCCCGCUGGAUAUGCUCAUGGACACCAUAGCGAUGCUGUUAGUCGCCAUAAUCGGUCCCCCAGCACCAAGAGCAGUCAAGGAAGCAAGAUGUCGCCUUCGUCUUCUACCAUGUCGUCGCCCAUGCAGACCAAGUCCUUGAGCCGAUCCGACAGCAAGACUCUCGUCCCUCCCCACCCUCAAUUGCAACAUAGCGCCACCUUUUCUGGCACCUCCUCUGCCCCCGUGUCAGCGGCGCCUGAGGGCAAGUUCAAGGCCUCUGGAUUCAUCCGCGCACUGUCGUACAAGCUCCGUUCCAAGCAGAGUGAUGAGCAGCUCAAGCCGGUCAAGAUCAACAACCAAGUGGUUGGCACAGCACCCGUUGCAGCACCCGUCGCACCAGCUGUUUCAAUCCAGCCUCCUCGACUGGAGCUUAGCUUUUUAGGUAGUCUAGGUGGUCCAGCCACCGGCAUUGCCCCUGCUGUUGGUCCAGCCUCUGGGCAUCCUUUGAACGAUAGCAACCUUCCUCCAGUCUCAGCUCCCGCCAACCUACUCCAUCUCAACGGCGCCCCCAACGGCGGAGCAGACACUGUUGAAGGCUGGAGACGAGUUGCUCAAGAUAGCUUACCCGUGCCACCCUUACCCAUCGACCGAUCAGCUCCCAAGGCCUUUACCGGAGCACGCCGCGGCUCUGGAGCACUCAUUGGCUCUGGAAACGCAGCCCUUAAGGAACAGCGUCGCAAGAGUAGGAUCUCUGUGUCGUCUCCCCGAUCAUCCCCUUCAAGCCAGUCAUACCUCCAAGCCAACGCCUCCAAGGCUGAUGGUAAACGCCCCGGUGCUUCUGCUGGUCGCAAACCCCAUCGGUUGGCAAAUGGAAGGACACUAUCUGACAGUUCUUAUACUACAGACGAUAGUGCCUCCCUGGAUGACUCGGCAGCCCUUCCCUCUAUCCAAAACGAGACCUCUGCGCCGUCCGCGGCAGCAACUACAAGUCCCAAGAAAGCAGGCGAGAGAGAAUACCGCUUCUCGACAGCCACGCUUCUGAAGGAUGGUAAGCUCUAUUACCAGUUGCAGUGGGACACGUUUUCAGAGGGCGGGUUCAUGUCGGAUUUCUUUGAACAACCGGAACAGUAUCUGACCGGUCUUUCUCAGAAACGAAUGUCCAAGAUGCCGGCGCCCGGCGGUCCUGGGGUGAAUGCGAGUCUGGCGGGCUCAACCAGCUCGACGACAUCUCGGGGCCAGACGCCGGCAACAGGGCAGGUUGUAGGUCAAGGUCAAGACCCGGGCCCGAGCCCUGCUCAGAAGGCAGCGGCCCUCAAGGCGGCAAGACAGAGCUUCAUGGCUCUGGCCAAAGAUCCCAGGGCAUUAGCGGCCCUGAAAGCUGGGUCUACCGGUGGAAUCGGUCAAGCGACUAUUAUCGGGACUGGAUCGUUUCCUAUCGGGUCCGCACAGCCUAUACUUCAGACGGUCCCUAUCAGCCCGAAUCCCUUGGAGCCAGUCCCAGCCCCAAAGUCGAUGGCGAUGCACUCGAACUCCCCAAGGAAACCGUCGCUUCUGUCCCGGCAGCCACCACCCCCACAGAUGCCAUUGCCACCCGCCCCCGUCGACUCCGACAAGUUUCAGAGGAGUACCUCAGGAAAGUCAUUGCCAAUAUCGUCAGCGCCCGGACCAGCACGAGUCUCGCAGGAAGUUCCAAAGGCGAUCGUGAAGCCUGGCAAGCCUUCUAUGCCUGCUGGUGGUGCUGCUUCUUUGUCCUUGCUGCCAGCCCCAAGUCCUGCAGCGGGUAGAGCUCCCGUGACGGCGACCCCGGUCCCUGUCCCGGUUCAGGCUCCGGCCAAGAAGAGUCGACUUUUCGGAACGCGAUUCAAGGCGUCUUCAUCGAACAAGAAGAACAACCGAAUGUCGACCUCUGUCUCUCCAGUGCCGGCCACUGGGAGCCAAUCGGGCGGGAAGAGGAAGUUGCAGCAGGGAGAAGUGACCAGCAAGGAUGGACUGACCAAGACGCAGGAGGCGCUUGACGAGGUGUUCCCGUUUUCCAGUAUUGAGCACAUGACGGGAAUGGAGAGCGGGUGGGUGAUGCUUGAGCCAGUGAAGGAUGGAGCUGUGGGCUGGAUCAAGAUUGACAAGCUGGAGGAGGAGAUGACUCGUCUUACCGAGAAGCAGCAACAGCGCCAGAUGAUGAUGCAACGCGAGCCAUAG